UCUCUGUGUGUGUAUACGAGCACUGCGCCGGGUAAUUGUUAUCCCCGCUCCUGCCCCGAGAACAAUUCGAUGAGGUGUUAUAUAGGUUUAUAUAAUGCUUUUAACGAAAAACGAAAUGCAAUUAAAACACCCACGCGCAAAACCAUCACAGAAAUAAACCCUAACCAGACUAAGUAGCCCCACCUCCCCGCGGCUUCCUUCGAAUUGUCCUUUUAUUUGCAAGGCAAAUCUCUUUGUUUUGAGUUAAAUUUGAGAGUCGAACAAGAAACGCACUCGGUCCCAAUCCUUCCCAAACGAGGCAGGAGGAAGGAACCAUCGGGAUAACUAACAACGGCCGAGCCCUCUGCACUGACUCCCCACGGGCCGCCGGGACGCGCCGCCCCGUGCCGGCUCCUGGCCCGUCGGUCCCUCCCGGUGCCCAUGCACGCGGUGCCCGGCGCUGCGGGAGCGCAGCGGGACCGCGGUCGUGAGCGGGAACCCGGGAGGGCCGCGGGCGUCUCCGCAAGGAGGGGGGGGAGGGCUUUCUCCUCAGAAGCGUGCGGUGCCGGCGGAUGCGUGGGCGUCUGUGCAGUCUGUCUGUGCACAUUCCCGGCCGCCUGGACGCGUGUUUUCCCCAGUACAGACGGGCACCGCCCGCUCCCCUGCUGAGCCGGACUACGCAACUCGCUCCCCUGCGGAGCCCUGGCCUUCCCCGCUCGCCAGCGGCCGACGCCGGUGCACAGAAAAACGCCGGUGGCGUUCGGGGAACCGGGUCACAAGGCUGCCGGCACGGCGGGCAGCUGCCUAGCUUCUUCACCGGCACGGAGACCGGCAGCCGCCCCUCGGGAGGCCUCGCUGCCGGUUGUCCACGGAGCCUCCCACAACAGGGCGCUCCCAAGACUGGCUCUGCAAGCCCGCAGCUCCGACCGAGUCCGCGGCUGCGCCACCCGCCGCCCGGUGCUUCCACGUCGCCAGGCCUCUCCCCAGGCCGCCGACGUGCGGGCAGUCCCAGGACCGGGCCGAUUUGGCUCGGUAGCCCUAGCGGAACGGCCUCGGCCCGGGAGGAGCCGCCGCCGGUGCACGACGGUGACUGAUCCAGCCCGCGCUCCCCCCUCGGAAGGAUGGAUGUGAACGAGCUACUAAGUGUAGUUACUAAUAACAAUAACAAUAAAUUAUCGGACUGUUGUUCAGUAAUGCAAACAAAUGUUCCGUGAACUACACGGAGUCUCCCCGUGCCUCGCAGCAGCCCCACCGAGACCGGCCCGUCUGACGAGCGGCUUCUCUACGGCCCAGAGAGACGACCCUGCUCGCCCGGCGGCCUCACGGAGCAGGUGACAGGGCCAGUGAUGAGGGACGGGGCCAGCCAGGGUGGCCGAUAGGGAAGCUGGUGCCGGCGGUAUCCGGCACAAUGCGGUCGGAGGCCGCUCCGCGUGAAAAGCGGCGAGCACCGACCCGGUAUUUUAAUUAAGCAGGACCUCUUUGAUAUAGGCCGCUUGAUGCUAUCUAUCUCUGCUCUCUGUUCCCGUCACGACAGCAUUUGGGUAGGAAAAUUGCUGAGCGAGGCGGGCCAGGCAGGGCGUCGGUGCCGCGCCGAGGAGCCGGAAAGCCCCAGGGAGCGGCGGGCGCUGCGCAGCGCUGAAUCCCAACUCCACCGCGGUGCGGUGCCGCCGUGUGCCUUUUCGGGGGGCCUGGAGGAACGGGAGCCAAUUUACCAUGAUUAAAGGCACAGGCGAGGAGGCGCCACGCAUUUGCAUGCGCCUUCAUCUUCCCUAAGUGGAUUUUUGAGGGCAGCGCGGCAGACAAGCUCGGGCUCCGCACUCCCUCCACCCGAGGAGCGCCCGUCCUGAUGGCCUCAUGGCGUGGUGGGCUCGAGCCCCCUGCCCACCCCAGGGAGCCGCAGGAGCGGGCUCGGCUCUAAGGCCCAGCGCGGUCGCGCUGCUCCGACGUGGAGCAACUCCGCCACCCGGCCC